AUGUCCAUUGAGUCGGUGAUGCCAUCCAACCAUCUCAUCCUCUGUCAUCCCCUUCUGCUUUCCAUCUUUCCCAGCAUCAGUGUCUUUUAUGAGGAGUCGGUUCUUCACAUCAGAUGGCCAAAGUAUUUAAACUUUAGCUUCAGCAUCAGUCCUUCCAAUGAAUAUUCAGGACUGAUUUCCUUUAGGAUUGACUUGUUUGAUCUUGCAGUUCAAGGGACUCUCAAGAGUCUUCUCCAACACCACAGUUCAAAAGCAUCAGUUCAGGGGAACUUCUGUCACAGAGAAAUCCUGUCUCUAAUUUCAGAUAGGGUUCCUCAGGCCAGGGCUGAGGUUUCCCAGCAAAGGUAG